AUCGUAAAAAAAAACCUAACCUAACCUAACCCAAAUAUUCAAAUAACGUUCCGAUCUGUUCCGAUCAUAACGUCGUAUAGUAAACAUUACAGUAUUAGUUAACUUUUGAACUUAACAUGUAUUAUCAACGUUACGACAGCGAAGAAGAAUUUGAACCGAGAGUUAUACCGAAACCUUUAACUAAACACGAUUGCUUUGUAAAGCCAACUGUGCCAGAAGUAUCUUUGAUUUUUGAAAAAUCCACAGUGAAAAAUCAAAACAAUGGAAGAACUGAUUUGUUACAAGCAAGAUCAGUGAAACCAGUACAGUUUUCUGAUGGUGUGGAAAUCACCAAUUCUAUAUUGCCCAUUUCACACAAUUCUAAUUCUUAUGCAGCAUGGAAGGAACAGAAUUAUUCUAGAGAAAUUACUUCUACGAAUACAACAUGCAUUUCACCAUUAUAUAAAAAUACUGAUAAUUAUACAUUGCCAUCAAGUUUACAAAAUGCUUCUAUACAAAAGCAACAAGAGCAAGCAGAUGCUAAUAAUAAGCAAAAACGAUUGCAAAAUGCUAGUAAGAAUGAUAGAGUAAAUGAGAAAAUUAUAAAAUUUCAGUGUUCCAAUACAGAGAAUUCUUAUGAUCUCAAAAGUCGGACUCAUUUAUUAUCUUCAAAUAAGCACUUGUCUUCUGAUUCUGGACAGAAAACAACGCUUGAUAUGAUUGAUUGUACUACAGGCAUAUCUAAUAAUACUAGUUCAAAUUCACUGAAAAAACCUCAACAUUUUCAAACACAUCAGCAAUUUCAUGUACCUCAAUACAGCUACUCAAAUUGUAAUACAGACAAUAAUGAAACAAUAAAAACCCUAUUGCAACUUAUAAAUAGCCAAAAUGAUCAAAUAAAAAAUUUACAAUUUCAGAUAGAUAGACUAGUAAGAAUGCAAGAAGAAAAUUUUAAAAAUAAAUCAGCUUGUUCGUGUUCACAACACUUUUCAAAUCAAAUAUUUAAAUAUCCUAUAAAUUGUUACGAUACUGCUCUUGCUUCUUUUGCACAAUCUCAAAAUCAAGGAAAUAUAGUUUCUAAUACAAAGAAAAAUAUAGCUUCUCAGAAUAUAUCUGGUAUAGAGAAUCAAGGUCUAGAGAACUUUGGUGAAAAUAAAUUUCAAGAAACUGCAUUAUUGGAACAGUCAUCAAAAAAGACUUUCAUGGAGCAAAAGGUUUCUAUUGGUGUUAUGACUAGUCUUGAGUUUACUGUGCAAAAUAGUCCGUUUCUUAUAGACUCUGAAAUAUCUGAGAAAAAGGAAGCUCACAGAGAGAAUAACAAUAUUAGUAGGAUGAAUACUAUAAAUAUACAUGAUACAAUGGAGCCUGUUAAUAGAUAUAAAAAUACAUUAUCAUGCAAGCCUGGAGUGGCUCAAUUGGAGAACAUAGUUGAGGAUUCAGAAAGUUACUUAUCCUCUAGCCAACAGCAAAGUAGUAAUUUCAAUACUGAUUCUGUGAAAGAAACUUUGAAGAUGUAUCAACAUCAUCCUACUGAUUUAAAUUGGGAAAAAAUACAUAAAGGAAUAUAUAAUAUAGGGAAAGAUGCUAACAUAAAUAAACAAGCACAGAAUGCAAAGGAAAUAUCAAACAUGUCUAUGAAUGUAGAUUAUAGUCCUAUUGGAAGUGCAAUUUGCAGCAGACGGCUUAUUGAACAAACCAAUGAUUAUAUUACGAUAGAUGGUAACACUCCAAUAACAGAUUAUUUUAAUGAUAGAAAUAAAGAAUACAGUGCUAAUGACAGACAGAUUAAAGAUGUGAGCAAUAGCAUGGUAUUGAGUGAAGGUGAUCUUAAAAUAUUUGAGAGACCUCCACCAACUCCAGAGCCAAGUAUUCGCAUCGAAAUUCAGGAGUAUGUGAGUGAUGACGAGAGUGAUACGUUGAGGCGUACUCCAAAAAUAGGUUGGACUAUCUACAAGAAUGUUUUGGGACAAGUUAAGGAAAUUUUAGACAAUUCUGAUGUUAUAAGUAAUAAAGAUCUAAAUAAUGCUAAAACAGCUUACAACAAUGAACAAGAAAAUGAUAUGGAAACUCGAGCAUUAACUGUUAAAGCAACUUUGGAAGAACUUCGGAAACUUGGAUCAAAUGAUAAUGAGAUGUUGGACUUUGAUUCAUCUUUUUAUCCUCGUUUGGAUCAUCAAGCAAAUAUGACACAUCUCACAAGUAGUGUAAAUGAAACAAAUAUAAGUAUGCAUAUGAAAGCAUUGGCAUCAAAAUAUUUAAGUGACAAACAACUGGCUGAUAUAGCAUUGCAGAAACAAGAAUCUUCAUUGACACAUUUUAUGAUGAGCAAUAUGCAAGGGACCAAUAUGUCAUUAGCUACAAGGCAUUAUUUAGAAAAAUAUCAACUUCUUCCAGGAAAGAAUAAUAUUUAAAUUGAAGAUAAGGAUCAAAUAUAUGACAAAGUCACAUCUAAACAUGAUUUUAAAUCGAUGACUAUAGAUAAAAAUCCUGCAGUACUUCGAUUUCCUUUCGUACAAACAUUUGGAACCACUUAUCCUAGUAGAAUAAUAGAUUUUUCAACUUUAAAGCGACAACCAAAUUAUUAUGAAUCUUAAAUCAAAUUAUCCCGAAAAGAUCAAUUUUUUAUUAUAUACAGCUUAUUUUUAUAAAAAUCUUAUUUAAAAUAAUUUGAAUUUAUGUAUUUAACGGAAGUUGAUAUCUAAUUUAAUGGAGACUCAAUCUUUCCUUUGUGAAGACUCGAACAGUGUCUUAAAAAGUAUUUCACUUUUUUCUUAAAAAUUAAUUUGAUCACGAUGAGAACUUGUAUUUUACUUAAAAGACAAUUAAUGUAUGAAUACAAAUGUUAUUGCAAUCAUUUGUUGUUAAUAUACACUAAAGUUAAGAUGUAUGUAUGCCAUAAGCUCCGGUAAAUGUUGCGGUGAUUAACCAGAAAUCAGGCGCAAAUCUCUGGCUUGCCGCACUGCAUUUACGUUGAGAUUGAAUUUAAAAAAUUUGUUUCACACUAUGCAUGUUUGACUGUAGUCGGAAACUAUCGGAAAUUUUCGAGAUUUAGUGAAAACUAUUGAAUGUUUAUUGUAGGGAUGCACCGGAUAUGUAUCCGGAUAUCUGAUAUUAUCCAGCAGAGGCCUCUGUUUAUCUUUAUCCGGCCGGAUAAUCUGAUAUUAAUAUCAAAUUAACACCAUUGCUUAUUUCGAUCAGAGAGAAGCCUGAGAGCGGCUAUUCUGGCCUUUUCCGAUCAUUUAUAGCGUCGCCAACGUCCAUUUUCGCGUAUGGAAUUAUAAAUUACAUCAAUUUUGCGACACUGUCGAUAAAAAAUUUUUAUCGACAUUGUUGCAAAAUUGAUGUGAUUUAAGACUACAGCACAAAAUAUUUGGUAUUAUCUUCAAUAAAAAGAAUAGACAAUUCUAUAUCGUGGUGGAGAAAACAUUAUUCCGAAUUUUUAAAUUAAAAAAAGUCUUGUUUUAAAAUAUUUAAGUGCUCCACCCUCUUUAGUAAAUUUCGAAAGGCUAUUUAGUUCCGCGGAAAACAUUUAUGUAGACAUUCGAAAUAAAUUACUUCCAGACAAUGCAAAAAUGCUAAUUUUUAUAAUAAAAAAAUUUUAAUAUUUAAUUUUAAUAUAAUUGUUUAACAAUUGUUCGGAUUAAGUUGAAAAUGGAGAUAAUAAAACAUUGUUUCUAUCAAAAUAAGUAAUAUUUUUUUUUUUUUUUUUGAUAAUUUAACUUUAUUUUUGCAAUAUAUUCAUCCGGAUAAUAUCCGAUUUAUCCGGCUAGCCAUUAAAAGUCACUAUCCGGUGCAUCUCUAGUUUAUUGAAAGAGACGAGUUUACGUAAACUUCGAAUUGCCUUCUGCAUUUGCCGGAAUUCACCACAUGGAGUCUUAGUUUGAUAAUAUAUCUUCGGCAUAUAAGAUGCAGCAAGGCCUACCGUGCGGUAGCCAAUCAAAGUUGGAUAGAUUUUAUCUUCUGCGCGGCAGAUAAUAUGAUUAGCUACUGCGACUACUUCUGCCGUGUGACAAGUUUUGUCACGUUCUAUGUGCCGGAGCCAUAUCAAUUCAAAUUGUGUCACAUAAUACUCUGAAAUUUUAAUCAGAAGAAACAUCAAUAAUAUAUGAUAAGAAUAAAAAGUAACCUAUUCUCUUUUUGUA